AAGAACUCUCAUUCUUUUUCCCUAUAUUUACUCUCUCUCCAGCUGACUCAUCAUCCUCUCUUUCUCACUUAUUUGAAUUACUAAGUUAUCAAAAGACAUUCUUUGCUUUGCUUUUCAGAUAUAUAAACACAUAUAUUUAUUUAUUUAUUUUUUAGUCACACAUAUAAGAUCAUCCUAUAUUUACAGAUUGGCUUCUGGGUUGUUCAAGAUUUCCUUGCUGCAAUUGGUUGAGCUUCUUGACAGAGGUUAAAAGAAGUUAACAUAGGUUCUAGAUGAGCUCAGUUGCUUUACUCUCGAGCACAUCUAGCAGUGUCUCCACAUCCAGUGACUUUUCAGUUGAUGGAUACUCGAAUCGCAGGGAUUCCCAAGAAGUAGGUAGUUCAGGCAGUGUUCAAGAUGAAUACAAUCAUAGCUCAGUGGACAGUCUCCGUGAGACGAGCCUACCUCCUCCUGGAAAUGGGCUCCUCCCAUCGAAUAUGGUUGAGCAGAACAGCCUAAAUGGAAGCGCAAAUUUUGUUGAUGGGCGCACAGGUAAAGAUGAUGAAUUUAUGCAGAAGGCCAAUAAUUUACCCAUUUACGAGGAGAGGGAGAACAAUCAUUUCAAUAAAGGUGAAAUGGAUCUUCAAUAUUGGUUACCCCCAGAAACAGAAGAUCAAGAAAAUGACAUGGAUUGUAGUCUGGCAAAUUUUGACGAUGAUGAUGAUGAAGGUGAUGAUGGUACAAAAUGGGGUAUGCCUAGUUCUUUAGGUAGCUUUGGAGAGGAAAGUAGUGGGAGCUUCAGUUAUAAAGAAGAGAAGCAAAUAGCAAUGGACAAAGUAAGGAAUAACAAGUUCAAGGCCGUUGUGCAUCAUCUUCUUAAAAACGCUGGAGUUGCUUCUUCGGGCAAAGAUGGCGACAAUUGGGUGGAUAUCGUGACUUCUUUGUCUUGGGAAGCUGCUUCGUUUGUGAAGCCUGACAUUGGCGAGGGCAAGGCAAUGGAUCCUGAUGGAUAUGUGAAGGUUAAAUGUGUUGCAACUGGUUCUCGAAGCGAAAGUAAAUUAGUCAGAGGAAUGGUAUUCAAAAAGCAUGCAGCACACAAGCAUAUGCCAACAAAUUACAAGAAACCUAGAUUGCUGUUGAUCCAGGGUGCACUGGAUCUCUCCUUGAGUGGAUUGUCAUCCUUUGAAUCAAUGAAUCAGGGGAAGGAAACUCUGAAAUCCAUUAUGGACGCAUUAGACAUGUGCAAUCCGAACGUGAUUUUAGUUGAAAAGACUGUUUCUCGUGAUAUACAGGAAUCCAUCCUUGCAAAAGGAAUGACACUAGUUAUUGAUAUGAAACUCCACCGCCUGCAGAGAGUUGCUCGCUGUACUGGUUCAUCAAUCUUGUCAUCAGAUACAUUGACUGGGAAAAAGCUUGGACAAUGUGAUUCCUUUCAUUUUGCGAAGUUUGUGGAAGAGCAUGCUACUGCUGGUGAGAGUGGGAAGAAACCCAGCAAAACUUUGAUGUUCCUUGAUGGUUGUCCUACACGCCUUGGUUGUACAAUUUUAUUGAAAGGAACAAACAGCGAAGAGCUGAAGAAGAUCAAACUUGUGGUCCAGUAUGCAGUCCUUGUGGCAUAUCAUUUAAUUUUAGAGACGGCGUUCCUUCUAGAUCAAAGGGCUAUGUACUCUACCCUCCCCCUUGAUGGACUGGUGAACUUAUUAGAUGCUAAUCAAACACCAUGUAUAUCCCCCCGUGAAGCAGAUGUUGCUAUGCCAGAGGAUUCUGUUGCUGAAAGUGAUUCAUCAGGAAUGAUUGACAUUCACAUCUCUAAUGGAUUUCAUAACAAAAUGCCCAGUGAUGUAGGAUUAGAAAGUGAUACCAUGUUCCCUUAUGAGCCAUACAACCCUCUAGUGUUUUCUGGAUUUUCAUCUAUAUCAGCCUCCCUAAGGAGAGCGUUUGGCAAUAAUGUUCCUCUCUUAUCUUCUCAGCAGUCUUUUUCUACACAUACCGGCAUCAAUGGAGAGGUUACUAACAGUCAGAUCCAAUCCACUAACGAGCUUUCAACCCAUUCAGUGGCAAAUGGUCAUUCUGAUAUUCUAACAAAGGAUGAUUUUGGUGAAGAGAAGGCUCUUGAUAAUGAUGGUAUAUCAGUUCAUAACGAACCCCAAUUGGAAACACAAAGUUCUGUUGGUGAAAAUGAAGAUCAAUCUCAAUUUAAGGACGGCAGUAGCAAAAUGCUUAAUGCUGACAGUAUCCUGAUAUUAAUGUCACGCAGAAAUUCCUCCACCGGAAGUAUAUGUGAGCAGAGUCAUUUUUCUCAUAUCAAGUUCUAUCGGAAUUUUGAUGUUCCUCUUGGGAUAUUUUUGCGGGAUAACUUGCUCAAUCAGAGACUCCUUUGCAGCUUGUGUGGUGGAUCGCCAGAAGCUCAUAUAUACUACUAUGCACAUCAUAAUAAACAGCUAACAAUACAAGUGAAACAUUUUCCUAUGGAAAAGCAUCUUCCUGGUGAAACCGAUGGGAAGAUUUGGAUGUGGAGUCGCUGUGGUAAUUGUAAACCUCAAAGUGGCAACACACAAUCCACAAAAAGAGUCUUGAUAUCAGCUGAUGCCCGUGGGUUGUCAUUUGGAAAGUUUCUGGAACUUAGCUUAUCGAACCACCUGUCGUCUUGUAGUUUCUCUAUAUGUGGGCAUCCAUUGCAUACUGACUGCCUCUACUUCUUUGGAUUGGGGCCAAUGAUUGCAAUGCUCAGAUAUUCACCAGUCACAACGUAUACUGUGUCACUGCCUCCCGAAAAGCUAAAGUUUGAUAGUCAAAUAAGUGAUGAGCGGCUUAGAAAAGCCUUUGACAGUAUAUCAAAUUUGUAUGAGAAAGGGCUUGAAGUAUUUCUUGAGAUUGAGAAAUCUUUGAAGGACGUUGGUUCGCGUUUUAUAGGGUCAAAACUUAAAAUUCAAGGAUCAUUGAAAGAAUUCUCUGAUAUUGCGGAGAUGUUGAAGCAGGAAAGACGGCAAUUUGAGGAAGAUCUUUUAAACGCCUCGAAGAAUUGGGAUUCAGGUGACCCUAUUUACAAAGUUGUCAGUCUGAACCGUGUACAGUGGGAUAUGUUGGUUGCAUCAUGUGUGUGGGAUCGCCGUCUUCAUUCUUUACUCUCAUCUGAGAUUACAACCGCUGCUCCGACUUGUCAUAAACAGAUGCAAGACCAAAGUAAUGUGGAGGAGGAUGGUUACGUUGGUGAACAUCUGGAUAAUGCAGUUGAAUGCGAAACCAAUGGGACUAAUCUUGAUAAGUUUGAAGAUACAGCUGUUCAAACAACUGAUGUUAUCGAAGUACCCAUUGAAGGAGAUACUCAAGGAUCUUCCGGGCAAUAUAGCUUGCUGACUACAUAUCUGGACGAAGAGGGUAUGCAUAAGCUUAGUGGAGGAAUGUCGAAUUCCGAUGGUUCAAACAACCAAUAUUUAUCAAAUCCUGAUCCUUCGAGCGAUUCUCAAUCUGCUGAUGCCCAGAAUAUUGCUCUAACUGCUUAUGAUCUACCUGCGGAGGCUAAUGAUUCCAAUCUAUCUGAAAGGAAGUUUUCUGUUUUAAAGGUAUCUAGUGCGGAGAAUUCUGAAUGGAUCUGGUCACCGUUUCAAGACAUAAGGAAUGAGUACUUGAAAGACCUCCAGAAAGGUUACUCAAUGAAAUUUGAGCCUGUCAAUACCUAUCCUCAAGGGUCAAGAAUUCAAAAUGUGAUAAAUGAUGAAGGCUCCAGGCUCCACAUUCCUCUUGGCAUUGACAACUCUAUUGUUUCUGAUCACGAGGAUGAAUUAUCAAGCAUAGUAGCUUGUGCUCUUGCCUUGUUAAAGGACCCAUCAGUCUUGGUAGAUCGUAAUGAAGAUCCAACCAGAGAGAGGGGAUUGGAUUCUAAAUUAUACGAGAAAUCAUAUAGUGUUUCUCGACCCUCUUCUUUAAAUUCUUCUUAUUGGUCUUCAUUUGGCUCUUUUACUUCAGAUGGUAUAUAUUCUUCAGCUAGCGGUCUAGAUGAUUCGAGCUUGUCGAGCACUAAUGGACUAUAUCUAUCAGAUUCCUUAAUUUAUUUUGAGGAUAUGCAUUUAGAAGUCUCUAUGGGGUUGGGUAAAUUACCUGGAAAGGGAAAAUAUUCUGUAGUCUCUCUGUAUGCCAGCCAAUUUCAAGAUCUGCGGAGGCGUUGUUGUCCAUCUGAACUCGACUACAUUGCCUCCAUAAGCCGUUGUAGAAACUGGGAUGCCAAAGGUGGAAAAAGUAAGUCCUUUUUCGCGAAAACUUUGGAUGACCGUUUCAUUAUAAAAGAGAUUAAGAGGACAGAGUAUGAAUCAUUCUUAGAGUUUGCUCCGCAUUACUUCAAGUAUAUGAAGGACUGCUUUGAGCAGGGGAACCAGACUUGCCUGGCAAAGAUUUUGGGGAUUCAUCAGGUCACUGUGCGGCAAAAGGGCGGAAAGGAGACAAAACAUGAUCUCAUGGUGAUGGAAAACCUUAUGUUUGGGCGAAAUAUUAGUAGACAGUAUGACCUCAAAGGGGCUUUGCACGCUAGAUUGAAUUCAUCUCCUGAUGGAUCUGGGGAUGUUCUCUUGGAUCAAAACUUUGUCAACGACAUGAAUAACUCACCUUUCUAUGUUGGCAGGCAAGCAAAGAGAAAUCUACAACGAGCAGUGUGGAACGACACUACUUUCCUCAAUUCGAUCAAUGUCAUGGACUACUCUCUACUUGUUGGAGUGGACACUCAGAACGGGGAGCUUGUCUGCGGGAUUAUUGACUAUGUAAGGCAGUACACGUGGGACAAGCAACUUGAAAAUUGGGUGAAGUCAUCACUUGUUCCAAGAAACCAGUUGCCAACUGUCAUUUCCCCAAAAGAGUACAAGAAAAGGUUCCGGAAGUUUAUCACAACCCAUUUUGUGAGUGUUCCUGAUCAUUGGUGCUCACAAAUAUUAUCCAAUUCAGGAGAAGAAGACGAUUCUUUCCAUGGUAAGUCCUAAGGAAAAUUGUAACAAGAGGAAGGAGUAUAAAGAUUACUUGAAUGUUACCUCCGUGGAGAAAGUGGAAAUAGAAUGGUUUUGUUGGUUGAGGUUAUCGUAUAUAGUAUAUUAGUAGAUGCUUUUGCAAUGUACUGUGCAUAGUUCUCUAUUAUGUAUAAGCUACAUGUUCUCUCCACCCCGCUCAUUCUGCAUUAUUUUCGCAAAUAUCUGGGGAUUACCGGAAGGGAAUAUAAUUUUCUUUUGUACAUUCUAAUUUUCUAUCGAGUCGAUUAUGGAAAGCUGUAGUGUGAACUCCUACAAUUCUUUGUAAUGUAUGAAAAUUAAUUGCAGUACUGAUUUAUAAAUCAAAUACUUUAGAUUCCUAUAA